AUGGACGCAUUUUGGGCCAGAUUCCAGGGCUUCACCCCUGAUCCUAACUCCUCCCUUAUUACCAACUUCAACCUUCUUUCAACUGCACAAAACUGGGCUCCUGCAGGAAGAGCAAGAUCCCGAGCUCACCGUCGAUUCAGAAGUGCAAUGAUUGACGAGUUCAACGCCACAUACGGUACCGACAACAAUGACCUUGAAUCGUGGAAAAACCUCUGUCGAGUUGUUAGGGUCGACCCAGUUCCAGAGACUAUAACUCAGUGCCGAAAGGCUGUGAGGAGAACCCAUGUGAAUCUGGUAGACCUUAUUGAUCAUGAUGUCAGGAAUGGUGGGGGCCAGGUGAAGAAAUUUAAAACUUUACGGCAGUUGAGGGAGUAUACUCAUGAGACUGAAAAGUAUUUUCCGAAAAAUCCGGCGAAGGCGGGUGGCAUUUUGAAGGCCUUGUUGAGAGAUAUGAAUGCUCCUGUCGAUGAUUCAGAGAUAUAG